GCUGUAUUCAGGUCCUAACAGCCGCCGAAGGACAGAUCCAGGUUCGAGGUAGUGACAAUGCCACCUACUCUCCUAACCUCGACUGUCUGUUCACAAUCAGGCCUCCAGCAGGUCGGGCGUGGGCUGUUAACAUCACCCUGGAGGAGUUCGACGUUCAGAGAUAUUAUUCCUCCUACAGGUAACUAUUUCUCCACCUCCUGCAGCAUGGACUAUAUGCAGAUCCUCUAUGACGGCUACUCCUCCUCCAGGAUGUGUGGAACGAGGUCUUCACCCAUAUCUUACAUACACAACAUCGUUGAUGGCGAUCUGAACAUCACCUUCCACAGUGACAGUUCCACCCAGAGAAGUGGAUUUCAGAUCAGAUACUCCUACACAGAAAAUGUCUGUGACUACGUAUUCAGAGGCAACCAGGGUGUGAUCGAGAGUCCAAAUGACGGCGAUUACUACUACCAACACAACAUGUUGUGCAGGUACACACUUUAUGGGCGGUAACGACCUCUACAGCAUUUUCUACAACUUCUCCUAUUUUGAAAUGUACUACACAAGUGGUUGUAGUAGCGACUACCUUGAAUUCCCCGACGGACAACGGUAUUGUGGGACUUCCAUGAGGAAUAUAUCACAUGCAGCAGUAGGCAACACCAGUUUGACCUUCCGAUCAGAUGCAUCACAUUCCCGUCGAGGUUUCCGACUGCAGUACAAAGUUAUCCCGUUCAACUGUUCGGGGUUUACACAGAGGAGAGGGCAUCAUCUCCGACCCCAACCUUUCUAGCGUGGACUACAGUGGAGACGUCAGCUGUACCUACACAUUCCGCAUGCCUUUCUACCCUUCAUAGCAACCUUCAACCCCAUCCAGUUUACUCUCCAGGACCCUGGCACGGGUGGUGUGUGCACGACAGAAUAUGUUAGUCAGGACGGGGAUCGACUCUGUGGCCAGCGCAAUGCAUCGUGGCAAGCAAGAACAGCAGAACAACGUAAUGGAAGUGAACUACUUCAGCACUGGUGCAGUGAGGGGAAACUACUCCGUGCUCUACCACGUGACUCCAGGUAUGUGCAAUGUGACCUACACGAGCCUAUCUGGUAGAGUUAGCGGCAAUAUGUCCAGCGACAGCAGCAGGUCCACCUGUUACUACCGGAUACAGAACAGCAUGGCGGCAUCACAGAUACACAUCCGGUUGACCUCUCAAUCAAGCAGUGUCGCGGAUAGUGAAUGUAACUCCAUCGACUUUGAUGGCCAGGAGAGGAGAUGUGUCGGCAUCGGAGCGUAUGGCACCGAGAUGACAUACCCCUAUGAUGGCGACUUCACGAUAACUCUGCUGCGUACGGCUGAUGCGGAACGACCGUCGUUCAGCUUGUACUACAAUAUACUGCCGGCAAACUGCACCCAGCGAUUUACAACGGACACGGGUUCAUUUGCUAGUCCAGCUGAUUCUGACGGCAACUACAUGAACGACCUGACCUGCACCUACACAAUCAGUGGCGGUAGUUCACCAUACAUCCUCAUCCUCAACUUCAUCACCCUUGACCUUCAAAGCUCCUCCUCCUGCAGCAGCGACUACGUGCGAUUCAGAUACAGAGGUUCCUCUGGCUACACUACCACCACUUCAAGAUACUGCACAGGUCCUCGCUCACUCAGGUACACUGUGUCGAGUGGUGAUUUCAACGUAUCCUUUGUAACCGAUGGUCGUGAAGUACGGAGUGGAUUCAAUGCAAUAUACGCAAAACUACCAGUCAGCUGUAACCGGACCUACACAACAGACGAGGGCAUCAUAGAGAGCACCCCAGGGAUGGCUCCUACUACCCCAACAACGCCUACUGUACGUACACUGUACAGGGCAACUCCACCCGGCAGACUCUGCAGUUCACCGUACAGACCUUCUCCCUCGAGUAUCACUCCAGCUGCUACUACGACUCGUUACAGUUGGGUUCGACCUCCAGCAGGAAGUACUGCGGAUCAUCUCUGUCCACCGGCAGGGUUCUCACAUAUACGUUCACAAACACCUUCACCUUGUACUUCAAGACAGAUGGCAGCGUUACCAGGAGAGGAUUUGUUAUCACCUACAGAAGGUUGCCGUAUGUUCCCCAACCACCACAACCAUGGCAACAACUACAACAACAACGAGGCCGCCAAUACCCAACUGUAAUGCGACGUUCACCGCAGCCAGCGGCCAGCUUCGUAGUCCAAACUCCCCAACUAACUACACCAACAACGUCUACUGCCGCUACACGUUUGUGGGAAGCGGACAGACCCAGUCUAUAAGUCUGGACUUCACCAGCUUUGCUGUGGAAAACCACGCUAGCUGCAGAUGGGACUGGGUCAUCAUCAACGGUGGGAACAAGAGAUGUGGCUUCACGGAAUUCACCAGGACCUAUACCUUUGUUGGGAACUUUACUGUUGAAUUCGAACAGAUGGAAGUGUCACCUACGAUGGUUUCGUAGCUAACUACGUUGUCAGUGACGCUCCCAACGCUACAACGCCCGCUCCCAGCAGUACAGCGACAUGCACGGCAACCUUGUCGUCAUCAUCUGGCACCAUCAUGAGUCCCCAGGUGGCGGCAGCAACUUCUUGGACAACACCCGGUGCUACUACACGGUCACAGCGACAUCCUACCCGAGAACCAUUACCUUCACCUUCACAACCUUCCAGCUGGAAAGUCAUUCCACCUGCAGUUAUGACUACGUCCAGUUUAACAGCGGCAUCAAGAAAUGUGGAACGAUCUCCAAUCUCGUGUAUACUGACACUAUGUAUAGCCAGUACCGUGUCACCUUCUACACUGACGGAUCUGUGACUCGCCGUGGCUUCGUAGCCACCUACCAGAUCAGCGAUGUCAUUAAUGCAGCAAGCACCAUCCCUCCCAGCACAGUUCUUUCAAAUAACGGUCUCUGUGGCACUACCUUGACGUCUUCCACGGGUCGCAUCUACUACCCAGCCACCGCCACGUACAACAACAACGUCCGAUGCCAGGUGACCAUCAGACCUGGGGGCUGGACAGACGUUCAACGUCACCUUCACAGACUUCGACAUCGAGAAUCAGUCCUCCUGCAGCUACGACUCUCUAGUAUUCCGGGUGAAUGGAGUCGACUCUAACAAGUACUGUGGUCGCAACAGAGCUGGACUCACCCUAAACUUUCCCUACACCAGUGGUGACAUCGUGGUGGACUUCAGAACUGAUGGCAGCGUCACUGGGAGAGGCUUUGACCUCAACUUUCAAGUGGCCUAGG